CCCAAAGGCGUUGCUGUUCAGUGUCUGUCCGAAGAUGCGUUCUACUCCGGCGGCAGCAUCACUAGCAGAGCCGCCGUGCUAGCUCACCACAGGCCGGGGGACGGAGAGGGGAAAUCCUCCGCGUUUGCGGCUGUUGCGGCGCCGGUGAAUGAGGACGGGAGGAUGGGGGACCAGAAGGAGUCUCUGCGGAAGAUCACUCACACACUGGCCAUGAAGAAUGAAGAGAUCUCCAACUUCAUCUGCUCUCUCAAACAGAGUCUGGAGAACCUGGAGGCGAACUCCAACAGGGUUCAGGAUGAUCUGGAGUCUGAAUUCAGCUCCCUGCACGCUGUUCUGGAUGAGAUGAAGGAAACCAUGUUGACUCGGAUCAAGCAGGAGAGAGCCAGCCGCACCUAUGAGCUGCAGAAUCAGCUGAGCUCCUGCUCCAAAGCCCUGGAGAGUUCAGAGGAGCUGCUGGAGCUGGCCAAUCAGACGCUGUGCUCCUCGGAGACGGACGGUUUCACUCAGGCGGCCAAAGACAUUAAGGAUAGCGUGACGAUGGCUCCGGCCUUCCGCCUCUCCCUGAAGGCGAAAGCCAGCGACAACAUGAGUCAUCUUAUGGUGGACUUCAGCCAGGAGAGGGAGAUGUUGCAAAGUCUCAAGUUUCUUCCAGUUCCUGCCACUCCAGAGAUCCAAGUGUCAGAGUGCCAAGUGUGCGACAACACCAUCACCAUUGUUUGGACUUUACCAGAACCUGACAACAAGAUAGACCAUUACAUCCUUGAACACCGGCGAACAAACCACGAGGGUCCACCGCGCAUCAGGGAGGACUACCCCUGGAUGGUGGUGGAGGGGAUCCGAGAGACAGAGCACACGCUCACAGGUCUGCGUUUCGACACCCGCUACAUGACGUUCAGGGUGAAGGCGUGCAACAAGGCUGUGGCUGGGGAGUUCUCUGAGCCCGUCACUCUAGAAACCCACGCCUUCACCUUCAAAUUGGACUCUGCUUCGGCGCACCAGAACCUGAAGGUGGAGGACCUGAGUGUGGAGUGGGACAGCAGCGGCGGAAAGGUGCAGGAGAUCCGCAAGGAGAAGAACAGAACCAACUCCCCCAUGCACUCCCCUGCUCGGUCAGCCCUGAUGUCUCCUAAGAGAGCACCAACAGCUCGACCAGGCAGAGACAGAUUCACUGCGGAAUCCUACACCGUGCUGGCCGACACCAUGAUCGACGCAGGCCAGCAAUACUGGGAGGUGAAGUUUGAUAAGGAGAGCAAGGCGUUCGCUGUAGGGGUGGCCCUGCGGAGUCUGGGGAGGUUCGACCAGCUGGGGAAGAGCAGCGCCUCCUGGUGCAUCCACCUCAACAACUGGCUGCAACAGAGCCUCACCGCCAAGCACAACAACAAGGCUCGCACCCUGGACUGUCCCAUCCCAAACAGCAUAGGAGUCUACGUCAGCUACGACGAAGGGGUCCUGUCGUUUUAUAAUGCUAAAACCAAGCAGCUGAUGCAUACUUUCAGAACAAAGUUCCAGCAGCCUGUCAUCCCAGCUUUCAUGGUGUGGAACGGGAGCUUCUCUGUGGUGACGGGCCUGCAGGUUCCCAGUGUGGUCCAGAGCGGCCAGAGGAAGAACAGCAACACCAGCAGUUCCAACGCCAGCCUCACAUAGACGCAGCCGUCCACCCAGCUUCAGUCUCAGCUGCAGGUCGCCUCCUCUUCACCGUCUGGGGAUGAAGACUCUCCAGCAGAAUAGUCAUAUCACUUGCAUGACAGAGGAUCCUGGGAUCAGAUAGACUCUCUAUUCCAUCAGAGACAGAAUCUGCUGGCUGUUGUGAUGUUUUGGACGCAUCAGGCCCUAGUAUGAGUAGUUAACGCCUCGCUGCACAUUCACAGUCCCACUGCUGCUAGAGCAACGGCUUUAGCGCUGGCCGCUGCCUUCUCAGCUUCCCCUGAACGGUCAGCUGUGCUGUGGCGCAGUCAGCGGCAGGUUCAGGGUCACGCUCCAUCCCUGUGCCUUUCUUCUCAGGCCAAAACAAUCAUCUGCAGCUCACCUAUCUAACUGCUACUGCAAGAUAUCUCCCCGUCUGUGUUAGUUUCAGUAUGAAGCUGUUAUGAAAAUGUUAUUUAACAGUAAACCAGUGUGACCUAAAUGAAGCAGAGCAAUUAACCUGAAGAGGAAAGAGUUCAGCGUUAAACUGGUUCCUUCUACUGUUUUCUGAUGAGAUACUUGAUUCCCUGCCAGGCCAUGUUGUGUAACAGUGUUUACGGUAUUACUAUUUGUAGUCAGCUGUCAUAUAAUCUAGGUCAGAAUCUUCCUGUUCAAACUUUCCGACUCUAACAUUAAAGGCAUAGAUGAGUGAGGGAAUCUGCAGAGAAGCUCUAGAGAAACAUCUGAGGGUCCCCCCUCCCUCCCUCACUGUAAAUCGGAGCGCUGUGUCUGAUUUAUCUGCCUUUACAGUAUAGAGACCCUCCUAUAUGUCGUACAGUCAGGUUCAACAGUAUUGGUCUAUAGCUCUCACUAAUGGAACAUUCAGGGGCUCUAUUUGUGAAAAGCCUUAAAACUCAUUCAUCUUUUAUUGCAUUAUUGUAAACUCAAUAUUUAAUCGUAAAAUCCGUCCUGUUGGAGCAAUUUCUGUAGAUCAGGACGUAUAAAUAUACAAACCAUAUGAUUGUGAUGUUUGGACCGAAAAGGCAGAAAACUUUUAGUUUUUUUUUUGCAUAAUGCAGCUAGUUAGCUUUCAGCAUUGGUAAUGGAGGCUUUGUGACCCCUGAGAGACCUUCAGCUGCAGCUUUACACACAUGUAAAACCUCAUAUCCUUUAUUAAUCACACUGACUGUAGAUAUAGGCAUGUGGUCAUUUCCUGACUCAAAACUAGCAAACGUCUAUGCUUGGAUUUCUUGUUCUCUUGAGAAAUGGGCCUUUGUUGGUUCCCCAGGACAAUUAGAAAUUAUCUAAAUUAUAAAAAGCUCUUUCAUUUAUUUUCUAGGAAAUAAAGUCCAUUAAGAGCUGAGAUGUUACUUAUUUGACACCAAUGUUAAGAUUUCAACCUGAUAAAGGUGAGUUUAUUUUAAGGCUUUUUACUCUGCAGGUAGCUUUAAUGAGAAUAGCAGGUUAGAGACGCAGUUAAGGUAAACAGGAGAAACAUUUAUUCACCUUGGUAUUUGUGCACUGCUCUGUAACAUUCAUGUUGUUUCAGCUGGUUCAUGUUCUAGCCCAGCUUU